CUGCUGCCUGCUGCAGCCCCUGGCACAGAGCGAGCCGGGAGCAUGGGGCAGGUGGCUUGGAAGGGUUUAUUUCUGUCACUUUUUGAUUAUAAAACAGAGAAAUACGUCAUUGCGAAGAACAAGAAGGUGGGGAUUCUCUAUCGAGUGGUGCAGCUCUCCAUCCUGGCUUACCUGGUGGGGUGGGUGUUUGUGGUCAAGAAGGGCUAUCAGGACACCGACACAUCCCUCCAGAGCUCUGUCAUCACCAAGCUGAAGGGGGUAGCCUUCACCAACACCUCGGAGCUGGGGGAGAGGCUGUGGGAUGUUGCAGACUACGUCAUCCCUCCGCAGGGUGAAAACGUCUUCUUUGUCAUGACAAAUCUGAUUGUGACCCCAAACCAGAGGCAAGCCACGUGUCCUGAGAGCGUCACCAUUCCCGAUGCCCUGUGUGACAAGGAUGGGGACUGCCCGGCAGGGGAAGCGGUGGUGGCUGGCAAUGGGGUUAAGACUGGCCGUUGUUUGAAAGACAGGGACAGUAUCAGAGGGACUUGUGAGAUACUGGCCUGGUGCCCAGUGGAGAAAAGAUCCAAGCCCAAGAAACCACUUCUUGCCAGUGCAGAAAACUUCACUGUUUACAUCAAGAACUCAAUCCGCUUCCCCAAGUUUAAGUUCUCCAAGAUGAAUGUGCUGGCAACUGACAACGAGUCCUACCUGAAGAGCUGCCGCUACAGCACGGAGCAUCCCUACUGCCCCAUCUUCCUCCUGGGCAACAUCGUCCGGUGGGCUGGGAGUGACUUCCAGGAGAUGGCCUUGGAGGGUGGUGUGAUAGGAAUUCAGAUUGAAUGGAACUGUGAUCUUGAUAAAGCCCCUUCUGAAUGUAAUCCUCACUAUUCUUUUAGCCGGCUGGACAACAAGUUUGCAGAAAAGUCCAUCUCUGCUGGGUACAACUUCAGGUUUGCCAAAUAUUACCGGGAUGCCGAGGGGGUCGACUACCGGACACUCAUUAAAGCGUAUGGAAUCCGCUUUGAUGUGAUGGUGAAUGGCAAGGCAGGGAAAUUUAACAUCAUUCCCACCAUCAUCAAUAUCGGUUCGGGGCUUGCUCUCAUGGGAGCGGGAGCUUUCUUUUGUGACCUGGUGCUGCUCUAUCUGAUUAAAAAGAGUAACUUUUAUCGAGGCAAAAAGUAUGAGGAAGUAAAGUCCAGUUCCAGGAAAUCCUUAUCCAGCCCUACGCUGAAUGGGAACCAGAGCCCUGAGCAGCUCGGGGGGCUCUAGGCACAGCGGUGGGCCUGCCAGCGGGACUCGUGCUCCAGGAAAACCACACAGGUGUGAAAUCGCACCGGGACUGGGAGGUGGAGAUACCCCAGAUCAGGUCUUUAUUACCAGGAUUCCCAGAGGAACAGAAGUCCUUUAAAGAAUGCCCUUCCCUGAGAUGCUCUCUGGUAUCCUGAGCUUGCAACAGUGUGUCGUCACUACGGAUUUAUAAAAGGAUUUUAUAAAAGGAAAAAGGAGGCACCAAACGAGUGUUUCUAUAUCUAUCGAUAGAUCUAUCUGUACC